CUCUCUCUCUCUCUCUCUCUCUGCUUUAUGUCGCGACUCUGAGCGAUUUGCAUUAGUCUUGUGCUCUCCAUGCCUCCAUAUGUUACGUCCUCCUACUAUUUUUUUCUCAGCUCUCUCUGUCUCUCUCUCUGCAUUAUUCUCUCUUCUCCCUUCGCCUUCCUCUCUAGAGUCUAAUCUAAAUUAUCUCUUUCCUCUCGGCUUUAAUAUAAUCAGUCCUAAUCCCUUCACCUCUGUCUUUCUUCUUCUUCUGACUCCUUUUAGCUGCUGCCCAACCAACGCUUUCUUCUUCAUCUCUAGCAGGCGGCCAGCUUGCUUUCGAUGCCCAUCUUCGAAAUCAAAUCAAACCCCAACUGAGAAAUGAAGGUAUACAUACAUACAUUCCCUUUCAAGAAAUGAAGAAGCUUGUGGUGAAGUUGGACCUUCACGAUGACAAGGCCAAGCAGAAGGCCCUCAAGACAGUUUCCACUUUUCAAGGAAUCGAUUCCAUAGCGGUGGACAUGAAGGAGAAGAAGCUAACAGUCCUCGGGACGGUGGACCCCGUGAACGCGGUCAGCAAGCUCCGAAAGUACUGGCAGACAGACAUAAUCACCGUAGGGCCCGCCAAGGAGCCGGAGAAGAAAGAGGAACCGAAGCCCGAAGGAGAUCAGCAGGCCAAGAAAGAAGGCGGGGAAGCUGGGAAAGAGCAGCAGGACCCCAACAAGAAGCCGGAGGCCGGUGGAGCCCGGCAAUCAGGAGAAGAAGAACGGGAGCAGCCCAACAAGGAAGGAGGAGGAGAGGCCAAGACGGUGAAGGAAGACGACCCGCAGGAGAAGAGGAUAGACCCUGUAUUGGAGCUGGUGAGGGCUUACAGAGCAUAUAAUCCUCAGUUGACUUCCUAUUAUUACGUGCAGAGCAUGGAGGAGAACCCUAAUGCUUGUUCCAUUUGUUAAUAAGCAAUUAAUUAUAUAAAUAUAUUACCAAUUAGGAGAUAUAAGGAAUUAAUUAAUGGCCCGCUUUUCCUAGCUAAAACAUAAUUAAUUAUGUAUAUAAUUAAAUCGCUGGUGAUGAUUUUUACAUGGAUGUGUCAUCGCUGGCGAUUAGUUGUUGUGUGCUACUUAAUUCUCAUAUGCAAAUAUCACGCGACAGAAUAAUUGUAGUAUAUAUUGAUCCAGUUUCAGUGGGA